AGAGGUCCGCAUCCGGGUCAGAGCGCGGCUCUCGCCCUCGGAGUGUGUGAGUGGUGGCGGUGCCGCGCUGUCCGCGUUCUCUCUCCUCCGUGCGAGGCCGCCGCAGUGUCCACUGCCGGAGAGAGCCCCCGGCCUCGAGCGGAGGAGGGCGGGCGGGGGAUCCGCGAGCGGGCUGCGGCCGGGCUGGGCCGCUGCACUGCGGGCUGGCGGCUUUGCGUGUCCGCCUGCUGCUGUGUGUGGGAGCCGGCGGACAGCGACCCCCUGCCCCGGCUCCCCUGGCCGCCCUGCCGGGGAGGGCGGAAGAUGCCGGUGAAGAAGAAGAGAAAAUCUCCUGGGGUGGCAGCGGCAGUGGCGGAAGACGGAGGCCUCAAGAAGUGUAAAAUCUCCAGCGUGCCAUUGAGGCACCACAGCAACGUUGUGUGCUGCACAAAAUCAUUGCAAUUUGGGUGUGAGAAGUGGCUCCUUUGUAAAUCUCCCUGGGUGUCUGACGGUAUCACUGGUUGGCACUUGAUGUAACAACCUCAGAUGCAACCAUUACAAGAGGACUGUAGUCAGCGUUAUAAAGACGAGGUAAUGACAGAGCUCUGCUAGAGAGAUCUGCUUGCAAGUCAGCUAUUGCAGAUCCCACCCCCCCGCUAGACUAAUAAGUGGAGACGAGCAUUUUUCAAGCAAGAAGUGCCUGGCUUGGUUUUAUGAGUAUGCAGGUCCUGAUGAAGUUGUAGGGCCAGAAGGAAUGGAAAAAUUUUGUGAAGACAUUGGUGUUGAACCUGAAAAUAUUAUUAUGUUAGUUUUAGCGUGGAAAUUGGAGGCUGAAAGCAUGGGAUUUUUUACCAAGGAAGAAUGGUUAAAAGGGAUGACUUCAUUACAGUGUGACUGCACAGAAAAGUUACAGAACAAAUUUGACUUUUUGCGCUCACAGUUAAAUGAUAUUUCUUCGUUUAAGAAUAUCUACAGAUAUGCCUUUGAUUUUGCAAGGGAUAAAGAUCAGAGAAGCCUUGAUAUUGAUACUGCUAAGUCUAUGCUAGCUCUUCUGCUUGGAAGGACAUGGCCAUUGUUUUCAGUAUUUUACCAGUACUUGGAGCAAUCAAAGUAUCGUGUUAUGAACAAAGAUCAGUGGUACAACGUAUUAGAAUUCAGCAGAACUGUCCAUGCCGACCUUAGUAACUAUGAUGAAGAUGGUGCUUGGCCUGUUCUUCUCGAUGAAUUUGUUGAGUGGCAAAAAAUUCGUCAAACAUCAUAGCAAGAACUAAAUGUGAAGAAAAUGCAAACCUUUUUGCACUCACGUGUAUACAGGCUAAGGAGACAAAAAAAUCCAAAGGGUGCAUUUUCAUUCAUAUGAAAGACUUCACAUAGUACUUUUUUUUCCUUUUUUUUAAAGGAAGUUUUCUUGUUACAUGUGAUGGGCAUUGAGCCACACCUCUUCUGAGACUGAAUAUUGAAGCUUUUGUUUUGAGUUAUGUUUAUAACAUUUAUUUCAGAACAAUAAAGAUUCAGAUUUGUGACAAAGGCCUUAAAGUGAAGAUGUCCCUUCAGUGUCAGAGUGGUAUUUAUUUUUGUAGAUUUUAAUCCUUGAAUUUUAGAGGAUGUUUCUCACCAUGAAUUUGGAAUUUUAAAGAUUUUAAACAAUCUUAAUAUUUGGCAAUGCAGUCCACUGAUAGUAUGGCUCAUUAUAAUCAUCUGUGCACAAUUAGGAAGAACAUUGGCCUUGGCUUCUGGGAUAAUGAUUUUCUGAUACAGGUAAUAAACAAUAUUUCUAGAUAUUGAGAGUUUUCUGGCUCUCAGCUUUUGGUUUUCUGUGAAAUCUCCCAUGGUCUUACACACAUACUUAAUCUGAGAAGUUGAGAAUUUGAACAAUUAUGUCCUGGUAUUUUGUUUCCUAACCAUUAAAUGGUAUUGUCAAUAAGCGUU